AUGCCUCUUCGUAAAAUUUCACUUGCAUUUAUUUACGGUGCAUUUAUGAUAUGUCUUUUAGGAGAAAGAAUAAAAUUUUCUUUGUCUAACAUGAAAAAUGUUGGUCAAUCAGUUGAUAAGAAUGUCCGUCUUGUUGACAAAUACGGCAACGACCAAUCGUCUGAAGGAUUCGUUCUGGUCAAUAUAAAUGGAACUUGGGGAGGCAUUUGCGAAGAACCUAGCUGGGGUCUCGCUGAUGCUGAAGUUACGUGUUCAGAACUUGGGUUCAGCGGUGCAGUUUUUAAUGAUAACUACAUCUACAAAAAGCAUCCCGGUAUUCUUCUCUAUGAUGUGCGAUGUGUCGGGAAUGAGACUAGGUUGUUAGAUUGUCCGAAUAGUCGUGUCGAUCUAUUUGGAGUGUGUAAUAAAUAUUUGAAAGCCUCGGUAGUUUGUACGAAUUACACAAUUCGCCUGACGGAUUCCAACUUUCUGGGCGAGGGAAGGGUAGAGGUGUUCUACCUCGGAUCUUGGAGGCUGGUUUGCAGUGACCAAUGGGAUCUAGACGAUGGACAUGUACUUUGCAGAGAACUUGGACUUGGUAGAGCUUUAGCCAUUGACGAAAGUCAUAUCUCUACAAGGGAGAGAGAAGAUUACAUUUUAAGUGACGUGAGGUGCAAUGGAAGUGAAUCCAGUUUAUUGGCGUGUCCUGGAUCUACUUUCAGCAUUGGCAAGUGUAACUCUACUCGAAGAGCGAGAGUACAAUGUUCUAGUGGAGGUGAGUUUUAA